AUGGCCACACAGCCAUCAGACAUACAGUUGUGGCAGCUAUACGACGUGCUAUUACCAGGUGAUACGAUUGCGACAGAUUAUGAACGAUGGCGGGAGCUCAAGCGGCUAGUUAUUGUGCACGGUUUACCCCGCGAUGAUAGUCUUUGCUCCUUACGUGGACGUGUGUGGAAGGCUUUUUUAGGAGUGGAAAAUGACGUCGAUAUGACCAAAUACGCAGCACUUGUGGGCAGAGGAGCAUCUCAUUAUGACGGUGACAUUCGUAAUGAUACUUUUCGCACUUUUCGAGGAGAUUUGGAGUUUGCGCAGCGCGUACCAGAAGAAAAGUUAGUGCGACUGUUAAAUGUUUUUAUUAAUGAAUUAGGAUCAAGUCCAUCUGAAGAAGAGAACUCGAAAGAUGGAAAAAAUGGCCGUUGUGGCAAUUUGCCAUCGAUCAGAUAUGUUCAAGGUAUGAAUGUGCUGUGUGCGCCGCUUCUGUAUGUAUUGCCAGAGCCUGAUGCGUACCACAUGUUUUGCCAAUUGAUUGUGAGGCAUUGUCCACAUUACAUGGCACCACAACUCAAAGGCGUUGAGAAGGGUUGCGCUUUGGUUGAUAAAUGUCUACAAACGCUAGAUCCAGAUUUAUAUCGCCACUUAGCUUCACGAGGCAUCACAGCGCAGAUUUAUGCUCUGCCACUAAUUUUGAGUCUGUUUGCUUGCGUCCCACCCUUACAUGAACUCCUUCGCGUUUGGGAUGUGCUUUUUGCAGUGGGUGUUCAUUUUGUCGUCAUACUAGCAGUCGCUCAUACUGUGUUGCUACGCGAGCAACUAUUAAAACUGGAUAUGGACCUGAUGAAAGUCUUAAGCUUACGAUGCGUACCACCUCUUCAGUCAGAUUUACUGAUCUCAGUUGCGUUGCAAUUGCUUCACCGCUUACCAGAAGAUCUAGUAUACGAAAUUGCUCGCCAUCCAUUUGCAAAUCCAGAUGCACCUACGAGUUUGCCAUUGCAUCCAAAGACAAUAUCAGCCAUCGCGACACAGGUCCGGCAGCACAAAUCGAGUCGAAGUGGUCGCCUCUCACAAGAUCAUUGGACAAAAGAUAAAGUUCCGAGGUCUAUGCACAGCACAGACUUACAACUCGAAUCGCCUCGAUCAGAACGUGCCCGCCCGCCUUGGAGGAUUUAA